UCUCACCCUUCCAUGUUUUAGACAUGCUGUGCUGGAUUCCCUGCUUCUUUCUGGGCUUUUUAUUUUGGGGCUCAGCUCAUGGGGUUCCCCAGACAAACGCCCGCCCCGACGUCACAGACCAGGAGCUGUUCUGGGGUUCUGACCAGUACGACUUUGCUAUAGUGCUUCCUGCUGCUGGGUUGGAGUGUUUCUGGCACUUUGCUCACCGUGGAGAGAGAUUUUACUUGAACUUCAUGGUCCAGUGGGUGAUGGGAGUCGGCCAUGACAGACACCUGUCUGUCACCGUCAACACUCCGAGUGAUCUGUUGCUGUCUACUGUUGAUGAUGCGAAGGGCCAGAUCAACUUUGAGGCUGCAGAAUCAGGUUUCUAUCAGAUGUGCUUCAGCAACUUCCACAACCGUUUCGGCUCGAUGCAGGUUUCCCUCAGCUUUGGUGUUUACUAUGACACCUACCAAGAUCCCUCAAAGAGCGAGGAGGAGGAGAAGAAGAAGGAGGAGAUCAGCAAAGAGCUGAACAACACACUGAGCGUCAUCGAGACUACGACCCACAAAGUGGAGACCUACGUCUUUCACAUGUUCCGGCACUACGGCUUCAGUCGGAUGAGAAAGAGCGUAGACUACUUCCUGCUGCAGUCCAACUCAAAGUACAUCACCUGGUGGUCGAUGGCCCUCAGCCUCCUCAUCGUCACCUCUGGGUACCUGCAGCUACUCUUCCUCAAAAGCCUCUUUGUCAACAAUACCGGCACAGAGGGUGAGAAGCCUCGAUGCUGAUAGACUAAAAAUAAAAAUGUCUGGAUGUUUUGUGGAGGAAAGGCAGACACGAACAAAUUGAAAAGCAGUGAUGGUUCUUUCUCUUUGAAUGAAUAAAUAUUAGAAAUAA